AUGACACCCAACGCCAAGAAAAUUGACUACGAAUUCGGCGGACCGCUUGCUGCCGCUGCAAUUGUAUUUGGCCUGCCAGUGCUUGUGUACGCCUUCUUCUUUGCCUGCAAUGACAUAUCUGGCUGCCCCGCGCCAGGUUUGCUCAACCCCCGCGAUCUCACCUGGAAUGUGCUCAAGGACCAGAUUCCCUGGCCCGAGGCCGGCUUUGCUGGAUUCAUCACUCUAGAAGCUGCUGGCUGGACCUUUGCCUACUAUCUCCUAAGUCUGGUUUUGUUCCGCGUACUGCCUUCGCAGAGGGUGCUCGGCGCGAAACUAAGCGAAUCCGGCCGCCCUUUAGAUUAUAGCUUCAACGCCUUCUCUUCUACCCUGGUACAGGUCGCCGCGUGUGCGGUGGGCACCUACGUCUGGGGUGCCGACUUUGUUGUCUGGCGAUGGAUUGAUGAGAACUAUUUGCAGCUGCUAACUGCCAAUAUUAUUCUGUCUUUGGCCAUUUCCAUCUACGUCUAUGCUGCCAGUUUCAGCGUGAAACCUGGCAACAGUCAGCUUCGCGAGCUGGCCAAGGGUGGCCACACUGGAAACCUCAUGUACGACUUCUACAUCGGCCGCGAGUUGAAUCCACGCAUCGCAUUGCCAGUAUUUGGCAAAAUAGACAUCAAAACUUGGCUCGAGAUGCGUCCAGGUCUAACCGGAUGGCUGCUACUUGACCUUGCCUUUAUGGCCAAGCAGUACCGCAACUACGGCUAUAUCACAGACAGCAUGGUUUUUGUGACUGCUAUCCAGGGCUACUAUGUGCUUGAAGGCCAGUAUGCAGAGGCUGGUAUUCUUAGCAUGAUGGACAUAAUCACUGAUGGACUGGGCUUCAUGCUUACAUUUGGCGACAUCGUCUGGGUGCCGUUUAUUUACUCGAUGCAGUGCCGCUAUUUGGCUGUUUAUCCCACGCAACUCGGCUGGCCAGGUCUGGUUGCACUCAGCAGUGUUUUUGCUAUUGGGCUCUAUAUCUUCCGCGCGUCAAACACGCAAAAGGCCGUCUUUCGCAAGACACCUGAACACCCUAGUGUGGCUGGUCUGUCUUACCUGAAGACGAAGCGUGGCACCCGCCUCUUGACUUCUGGAUGGUGGGGAGUAUCGCGUCAUAUCAACUACUUUGGCGACUGGAUGCAGUCUCUGCCAUUCAGCUUGGCUGCAGGCCUGGCUGGGUACGUGAUUCUGCCUUCUGGCGCCCUGGCUGCCUCGGACGUCCUGGGUUAUAGAAUGCUCGAUGGCACCGAGGUUGUACAGAGUGUGGCCAAGGGAUGGGGCGUCAUUUUUACCGCAUUCCACGCUCUGUAUUUUGCUGUUCUCCUGAUGCAUCGCGAGGGCAGAGAUGAUGCAAAUUGUGCUGAAAAGUACGGCGCUGAUUGGGAGAGAUACAAGUCGGUGGUGCGAUGGAAGAUUCUUCCCGGUAUCUACUGA